AUGGCAGCCCUGGAGACAUUCGCCGCGACUCGGUCAGAGCUUUUUGCCGAACUGCAAGAGGACCUCGAGCAAAGGGGGAACCCCUCUGUAAACAUAUCUCGCUUUCUCGAUUGUCUCACGGCGACCACCGAAGGUGGCAAGCUCAACCGUGGCAUCACCGUCGUCAAAGCAGACUACGUUCUUCUCCCGAACCCUCCCACCCCGCAAGAGCACGCACACCUCCGGAUCCUAGGCUGGCUGGUCGAGCUCUUCCAGGCGGCCUACCUCGUGUGGGACGACAUCAUGGACGGCUCGGAGUACCGCCGCGGCCGGCCGUGCUGGUACAAAGGCGAAGGGGUCGGACUGACGGCGAUCAACGACGCUUGCAUGCUGAAGUCGUGUAUCUUUAUGCUAUUGCGGCGACACUUCCGCGGCCAUCCAGAGUACGCUGCCUUUGUGGAGCUCUUCCAUGAAGCGGCGUUUAGGACGGAGCUGGGUGUUACAGAUCUCACUGCUGUCGGAAUAUCGAGGUUCCUUACCGAACAAUACCAACUGAUGCCUGAUUGA